AUGGCCUCUGUUCCUGAUCAGCAGAUGGUCGCACCCAUCAUCGACCCCCUGUUCUUGCAAGAGCUUGAGGUGUGUCAAGACUAUAUAUGUGGAAGUUGCUUGAUCGAGACUUACAUGUUACAGGAGCGCUGGAGCUUCCAUGAUGGCGCCUUCGUCUGGGUAGUCAGAUACCUUGACGAAUACUACUGUCAAAAGAGCAUAAACAUCGAGGCCCUUUGGGCUAAGACCUACAUGACCCUCAACGACACUGGAACUCUGUUUCUCAUUGAGAGAUGCAGAAUCAACUUGAUGCCGAGAGCAUGCGACUUCGAGCAACUCAAUGCCGUCUCGGCCAUCGUGGCACAGUCCGCCGGCCAGCCCGAGAAGGUCCUAGAGAUGUUUGACAACUGGGGUGCCCCGAUCGCGCGCCGUGAUUGGGAGAUACUCGACAACGAGCGCAGACUCGAACGCCUUCGCGGGACCCAACCUAUGCGCGUCUACGAAACCACUCUCGGCGCCAGUCACAACUUAGUCGCAAACCAACCUGCGCACAACGAAAACAAGACCAUCUCACAACAUCUUGCUGAAUUGAGCAACAACCCUCCUGUCACUUCUUCGACACACACAAGCCAGCUUUCGCACGCAAACCAUCUUCACGCUGCGCAGCAGACCACUGGCUUCCCUCUAGAGUUGCUUGACCCUAGGCUCAGACAAUCCAACCUCGAGUUCACCAUGUCGCCCAACGAAGCACCCGUCAGCAAGUCAACCUGGAAGAAGACUCCCAUGCAGCUUCCUGCCCCCUCCCCCAACUUCCCCAUCUCAGACGUAAGUGAACCCGUCAGGCGCAAAGCAUCCACCACAACCUUGAAACCCCCUAACACCCAUUCCCAGACCCGCAACGAAGGCAAGAGCAAGCAGUCCAUNGGGCCCCCACCUCUUCCCCAGCCCCGCCAGCAAGUUGACGGCCCCUUCGUCGAACCCCUGCACCAGCCNCUAGAAUCCCCUGUCGCUCACAUCGAGCCCCUGAGCCCUGUCCGCGCUCCCAACCUCGCUGGCUUGUCUGUUCAGAAGCAGGCUGAGCUUGUGCUUCAACAAUUGCGCGACCAUGGCGAGCGUCAGAAGGCUCGUACUGGCAAGUACAGAAGCGUUGCUGAUGAGUUGAAGAAGGGAGGUCUGGGUGAGGUCCAGAAGGAGGGUGGUGAUGUUGGCAAGGGUGGUCAAUAG